CAUACAAGUGGAGCUCACCCACAGGAUACAAGCAAAAUUCUUAGCCCCACACCUUAUCCAACCAACACCCUCCCAAAAACAAAAGGUCUAAAAUUUGGCAUAUGCCUUUUCCAUGGAUCCUCAUUCUUCCCUCCACAAUCUUCCAACCUUUGAACCAAAACCAACAUACUUAAGCUCACCACACUCUCAAAUUAUUCCCAAUUUUUUGAGCCAUUAAACUCUAAAACUACCAUUAAAAUCAAUAACAAUGGCCUCCUCCAUUACAAGACCAACAACCUUCUCAUUCCACCAUUCUUCACCUUCACCACCAAAACCCAAAACCCAAUUCAUUUCAUCUAUCAUAUACACAAUGAAUUACAAAGGACUUACACUCGAGGCGAACCACUCGAACCGAGCCGGUUUCGCCUCGAAAUCAAUUGAUGUGUCAAAGGAAGAUAAACCCAUUUCAGAACAACCAAAUUCAGAGGAACCCAGUUCAUUAGAUACAGAAAAUCUUGAUAAAAGAAGAUUGGAGGAGAAAUUUGCAGUUUUAAAUACUGGGAUUUAUGAGUGUAGAUCAUGUGGUUAUAGAUAUGAUGAAUCUGCAGGUGAUCCUAGUUACCCUGUUCCUCCUGGAUUGCCCUUUGGGCAGCUGCCCGAAGAUUGGAGGUGCCCGACUUGUGGGGCAGCAAAAGGGUUUUUUGAGAGUAAGAGUGUUGAGAUUGCUGGGUUUGCUGAAAAUCAACAGUUUGGACUUGGGGGUAAUUCUCUUACUUCUGGUCAGAAGGCUUUGAUUAUUUAUGGUAGCUUGUUUUUGUUCUUUUGUUUGUUUUUAUCAGGUUAUUUCUUGCAAUAGUAUGAUUUUGUAAUGUAGAUUAAUUUUUGGGGUGGAGAUAUAAUGUUAUGUGAUGUAAUGUAAUUGUUAUACUAUAUUAUGUGAGUAAAAAGGAAAAGGUUCAAGAA